CUCGUGACGAGCGCCGUCGUCUACUACGCCUUCGCGACGCGGGAGCAGUUCUACCCGACGGUGGUUUACCUCGUCACAUCCAAGGUCUGCGUGCUGUGCCUCGGCAACCAGGCCAUCGUCUUCACGCUCCUCGUCGGCCGCAUCUCGAAGCAGCUCUUCCUGGGGAGCCUGCGGGAGAUCGAGGUCGAGCUCCUCUACGAGAACUCGCGCUACGCCAUCACGGAGACGCGCGUCGCCCCGCGUCGCCCUCGCGCGAAACGCCGCGGAACCCCCCCCCCCAAACCUAGGUGCCUGGCCCUGACGAUCUUCCGGGAGGAGCUGACGACGCGCGUCUUCGCGCUCUUCACGGCGCUGCUCUUCGCCAAGGUCUUCCACUGGCUCGUGCAGUCGCGCGUCGAGCACGUCGAGCACGCGGAGCGCGUCUCGACUUUGAGCCACUACCGGCUCGGCGCGCUCAUGCUCUGGCUCUACGUGCUCGACGGCGCGGCCCUGUCCAUGUGCGCCAUCCUGUGCAUCCGCAACGGGCCGAGCGUGCUGCUCCUCUUCGGCUUCGAGUUCGCGAUCCUCGCCGUGAGCCUGUGCGCGGCGGCGAGCCGCUACGGCCUCUUCGCCGUGGAGCAGCGCCUCUACGAGGGCCAGUGGACGGCCAAGGGGUCCUACGUCUUCGCCGUGGACUUCGUGGCCGAGGUCCUGCGCUUCGCGUUCUACGUCGUCUUCUUCACGAUCGUCUUCACGUACUACGGCGUGCCUCUGCACAUCGUCCGCGAGCUCUGGGUGUCGUACGUGUCGCUGCGGCGGCGCCUCGCGGCCUACAAGCGCUACCGCGCGUUGACGGCGAACAUGGACGAGCGCUUCCCGUCGGCGACGGACGAGGAGCUCGACGCGUGCGGGCGCAUCUGCAUCAUCUGCCGCGAC